AUGGACGAUGAAACUCGCAAAAAGUUCAAACAAGAACUUGAAAAUAUGAUCAAGGAUGCGACUGGAAAGGAGCAAGCGGCUCGGGACCUGCAGCGUCAAGCUGACCAGAUGAGAGAUAUGAUGGAGUUGCUUUCUGAACGCGGCUCAAGCUCCCGAUCACGAAGAAACAAAGGGGAAGCGGCCGAUAUGGAAACCCAGAUUAUGCAGUUAGAGCAGCAAGCAGUUAGACAAUUGGAAAUCGUCCAGGAUCUAUGGAAUAAGAUACAUACGAUGCAAGAGGAGGAGCAGAGACAUUGA